UCUGGAAAGAUGAAUGUUUAACUUAAUUGUUUUCCAGAGUUGUUGCACCAUUUUACAUUCCCAUCAGCAGCAUGCGGGAGUUCCAGUUCCUCCACAUCCUUACACUUGAUGUGGUCCAUACAAUAGGUGGUAACUGAUUAACCAGAAAAUGAGCAGUUAGAAAAGUUAAGUGACUCACUCAGUCACCCAGAACAACCUUUUCAGCAUUUUUUUUUUUUUUUUUUGAGAUGGAGUCUCGCUGUAUCACCCACUCUGGAGUGCAGUGGUGCGAUCUCAGCUGACUGCAACUUCCACCUUCCAGGUUUAAGCAGUUCUCCUGCCUCAGCCUCCUGAGUAAACCCUCCUGUGAUUACAAGACCCUGCCACCAUACCUGGCUAAUUUUUCUAUUUUUCAUAGGAACAGGGUUUCACCAUGUUGGCCCAGCUGGUCUCGAACUCCUCUCCUCAGGUGAUCUGCCUGCCUCAUCCUUCCAAAGUGCUGAGAUUACAAGCAUGAGCCACUGCAGCAGCACCUUUUCAGCAUUUUUAAAGCACUGACCUAGGUCUCCCCAGAUGCAGUGAGCCAGGCUCAAGGACACCCUGGCCACCCUGACGCACCACCCAACAUCUACGAGGGGGGCCUGGGGUCCCAGCAGCCACAGUGCCCCAGUGCCCAGGGAAGCAAGCCCAAGAACUUCCGGCUGCGCCACCUCCAGGGCCUGGCUCUUUACCUGCAGGGCCACCCACCGCCCGCCGGCCAGUGUGAGAGCCACUGGCUGGGCCGGCUUAUGGCUGGGGGCUGCCUGCCACAGCCUGAAGGCACAGCCUGGACCCUGGCCCUGCCACAGGGGACUCUGGGCCCAGGUAACAGCCACUGCUCAGCCCUUCUGGAAGCACAAUUGCCCAGAGACAGCCUGGGAAACACUGCUUCCAGUUCCAGCAUGGACCCAGCCAAGGGUGCCAUCCCCCAGCCUGGUCCUUCUGAGGGCUUGGGACUCAGGCCCAAGAGGUCCUGGGGGGCCUCAGAAGAGGCCAUGUGUCCCUUGUGCAAGAGAACCCGUUCUGGGGCCCUGGAGAGGCCAUAGGAAUCCCAAGUACCAGGACUGGGGACAGGAGGGGAAGGACAGCUGAGGAGGCAGCCCCAGCAGGAGGGGCUAGCCCCCGGCAGUGGCCCUGCCACACAAGAUGGCCCGGGCAGCGGCCAGCACCCAGGCCUAGGCCUUGGCAAAAUGUGAGGGGGAGAGGAAGGAGGAGGUCCCAAGGGAGGGAGAGAAGCAAUAGAAGCAUGGCCAUGCCCUUGCAGCGCGCUCAGACUCCAUUCAGCCACUUGUACCUUGGAGGCCAUGCUGAGUGGAGAAUCAGGCCCCCACCAGAGGCCUGGGAGCCCACAGGUCUGAUCUCAAUAAAAGCCAAGGCCUGCA